AUGUGUGUGCCUGAGUGUGUCUCUGAGCAGCGUGUUGGUGUGCAAGAGCCCAAGAACGUCAAGUGCCUGGAGCUGGGCCCGUUGAAGAUCGACAGGGACCGGCAGCUGGUGGUGCUGGAGGAGGAGUUGGAGGUGAGGCCGCCUGGGCACCACGGGGGAGACCCCCGUGGGGUCACCAAGGGGGGUCGUGGGGGGCCAGGGGAGCCCCGCCUGCUCCUUGACCCCCCGUCCCCCACCUUCGUGGCGUACAGCUACCAGUACAAGCACGACGACGGGCGCGUGUCCUACCCGCUCUGCCUCAUCUUCUCCAGCCCCCUGGGCUGCAAGCCGGAGCAGCAGAUGAUGUACGCGGGCAGCAAGAACCGGCUGGUGCAGGCGACCCAGCUCACCAAGGUAUCGGGGUCCUGACCCCUACCCCGGGGG